AUGAGCGACCGCGACACGAUAGCGCCUGACAUGAGCUCAGACAGAGAGAACCAGAAGAACGACAUUGAUGGAGACUCUUCAAGCUGUCUGGUCACUUUUGACGGCGCAAACGAUCCCUACAACCCAAUCAAUUGGACGUUUCGCAAGAAAUUCAUCACCACGAUAUCCUACGGCCUGACAACAUGCUGGAUCACCUUGGCAUCUGCCAUUUUUGCAUCUGCUAUUGAACCUGUCUCUGCCGAGUUCAAUGUCAACACCGAGACAUCGGCUUCAGCGACGAGUUUACUUGUGUUUGGCUUUGGUCUGGGGCCCUUAAUUUGGGCACCGUUGAGUGAACUUUACGGUCGCAAGUGGACCAUUCUCAUUCCCUACUUCAUCGCCGCCGUCUUCUCCUUCGGCACAGCCACCGCCAAAGACAUCCAGACCAUCCUCAUCACCCGAUUCUUCUCCGGUCUUUUCGGCAGCGCGCCUGUUGUAAUCACCGGCGGCGUAAUGGCAGACAUAUGGGCCCCUCACCAGCUCGGCAACGCCAUCGUCGCCUACGGAGUCACUAUUGUCGGCGGACCGACCCUGGGCCCCAUCAUUGGCAGCGCCUUGUGCUCCAGCCAUCUCGGCUGGCGAUGGACCGAGUACCUAACGGGUAUUGUCAUGAUGGCUCAGCUUGCGGUCAAUCUUUUGGUCAUUGACGAGAGCUAUGCGCCGACUUUGUUGGUUCGUAAGGCUCACAAGAUGAGAAUUGAAACUCAGGAUUGGGCAUUGCAUGCCAAGCAUGAAGAAUCGGAUAUUUCGUUCAAAGAACUAUAUCAGAAGUAUUUCAUCCGUCCUUUCCAACUCAUGGUAAACCCCAUCUGCUUUCUCAUGUCAACCUACGCCUCAUUUGUCUACGGAAUUCUAUACGCCAAUCUCGAGAGCUUUUCCAUCGAGUACCAGGAGGUUCGCCAAUGGGGCCCUGUGGUUGGUAGCCUGCCAUUCAUAGCACUGUUGAUUGGAAUCCUGUGCGCAGCGGCCAUUAACAUCUACAACAACAAGUAUUACGGCAAAAAGCUUGUAGAGAAUGGUUACAGAGCUGUCCCAGAAGCCAGACUACCCCCAAUGAUGCUCGGCGGCAUUGUCUUUACAGCCGGCCAGUUCUUGUUUGCAUGGACCUCAUCUCCCGACAUGAACUACUGGCCUUCCAUCAUCGGCAUCGGUUUGACCGGCCUUGGCUUCACAACCAUCUUCCAGGCUGCACUGGGCUACCUCAUCGAUACCUUCACUCGCUACAGCGCCAGCGCAGUGGCGGCUAACACAUUUAUGCGAUCCAUGUUUUCCGGCGCAUUUCCUCUUUUCAUCAUGCCCAUGUACCACAGGCUUGGAGUGGACUGGGGCACGACUGUUUUUGGGAUUAUUGCCGCGGUUGCCUCUCGAUACUCUUAUCGACCCUUGCCACACGCACGAGACACUCGAGUCGCUGUUCUCGAACCGGCCAAUCAGUUCAAUGACCCAAUUCACCUUUCGCUGAAGCGUGUAUCGCUUACUGGCCUGAAGCGCACACAAUAUGAGGCUCUGUCUUACGUCUGGGGUUCAAUCAAGGGCGAUUGCCGGGUAUACUGUGAUGGGAAACUUCUCUACGUCACCUCAAACUGCGAAUCGGCGCUACGAUAUCUUCGUCUAAAGCACAGAACUAGGGUCCUAUGGAUCGAUGCAGUAUGCAUCAACCAAGAGUCCAAUGCAGAGAAGAUCAGACAGGUUCCCAUGAUGGGGGAUAUCUAUGAGUCUGCUGCGCGAGUUUUGCUGUGGCUUGGACCGGGAAAUAAAGAUAUCCCCGCUGUUUUUCAAAGGGCCACUUUGCUCCGUCCCUUCAUAUCAUCACCUUUAUACGCACUCCGAUCCUUUGGUCCAAAGGUUGGGGAUCAAGUUAGAAAGUGGAAUCUGCUUUACUCUGUCUCUAAUUGGCUCUGGCAUCUGUUUGCUCCCAAUAGCCGGCACGAUGCUAAGGUCAUGAGCCUCAUCAGUCGGAACGAAUGGUUCUCGCGCAUGUGGACCAUUCAGGAACACCUCCUCGCUAAGCACUCUGUGCUGAUUGCUGGGCACGCUUCCUGUUCUUGGACAGCAUUCUCGUCGUACUGGAUGUGGAGUAUUCGAAGAAUCCAAUCCCUCCAGGAUACAUCAUUACCUGCCUCGCUGCGUAUUGCCAUCUGGAUCGCUUUCAAAAAUGCUGCAGCUGCCAGGAGAGGCCAGACUAUAACUUCUACGCCUUUCAAUAUUUUUUCUGGGUUUAUAGAAUGCGCGCGCACUCACCGCUCGAGAGACCCCCGUGAUAAGGUUUUCGCCUUCUUACCACUGAUGUACAAGCUUCAGGCUGGCAUCACUCCGCUACCUAUCAAUUACUUCCACUCUCCAGGGCGAGUCUUUGAAGACUUUGCUCGAUAUACAAUCAGGCUUUCUUCCUCACUCAAAUAUUUGGAAAGUCUUCCACCACUAAAAGGACGGAGUUCGCUGCCUUCCUGGGUCAUGGAUGUUCAGAUACCUGCCAAGUUUCCCAUGCGGAGAUGGGCGGAAAGCCAACUUCACGCCAAAGCAACUGGUAGCAGUAAAGUCGAUCUUGAUUUACUAAAGAGUUCCCGGCCUCACGAGCUAUCUCUUAGAGGCCUCGGCAUCUCGCAAAUCACAAAGCUUUCUACGCCAGGUCCAAUGGAUGCCGAAGGCCCGUAUGAGCUAAAACAAUGGUUUUUUGACUGGAUUAGACACAUCGGUAGAUCUGUCCAGAAGGGCGAGAUUGACUGGGCAUAUCACAGUGUUGAAUCUGGUUUACAAGAGUUUGUUGAUGGAGUAUUCCGCUUUGAUCCCUUUUUGGGUGGAAGUAUGAUGUUUCUUACUGCGUCGGGCCACGUAGGCGUGUCGAAUUUUGACCUGCAACUUGGGGAUCGAGUUGUUCUUCUUGCGGGCUGCUCUUUUCCGGUAAUUCUCAGGCCAUCGGCAAAUCAGCCCGGCAAAGGUCACUUCCUCGGAGUCGCCUAUGUUGCAGGCAUCAGUCACGGCGAGGCGUGGUACCACGAACACAAUACCAUCGAGGAUAAACACAUUCCCUACAUGAACAAACCCGUACCGAGACUGAAUGGUUAUACUCGAAACGAAAAAGCCGCUUUCGAAGUUCCAAAGAUGGAGUCCAACACGGAAUCUGAAAUCUGGGAUUCUCGCUUUACCGGUACAUCCAGCGUGGAGUCAAAUCUGACACCGUCUCAAUCGACAGAACGAACCAAUGCAGAGAACACCUUGCAAGAUGUGCUUGUACUAGUGCGCUACGAGAUACCCUACGCCGGACCCGAAGAUCUCGAUUUUGAUAGCCACAUCGGCCAUGGAAGCACUUUCGACGUAAGCAAAGAGAUUUUUGGCGCAAACGGGGAAAGACCUUAUUUCGUGGCCGUUAAGCGCCUGGUCAAGAGAACUGAGUUGAACAACGCCACCUGGCUAGACACACAGCUUGGCCAGUAUUCUAAGCGCCUAGCUGGCAUCAAGCGUGAGGUUCGAGUCCUAACUCACCCUACAGUGCGUUCGCAUAGCUGUUUGCUCUCUGCUAUCGCCUGGGGAUGGGAGCCAGAUCUUCAGAUUGGGAACAAGCUGUUCCUUAUUAUGCCCUACUCACAGCAUGGAACACUUUCAAUCUUCGCCAAGGACAAAAGUCUAAGCCCUAUGGACAGGAGGUUUUUAGCUCUUGAUGUGGCUCUGGGAAUUCGAGCAUUACAUGACUGUGACAUUGUCCAUGGGGAUGUCAAGCCAGAAAAUGUGCUUGUUUAUCACUACUCCGGAGACAAGGAAGGAGAUCGCCACUAUCUUGCCAAGCUAGCUGAUUUCGGGUGUUCUUUGUUCAAAGAAGACGUCGAAAGCCACCACCAAAACUACCUUGGCACGCCCAAGUACAAUGCUCCGGAAAUUUGUGGAUGGGCGAAAGACAGUGAGCAUGAGGGCAAGAGUAUUGAGGCGGUUCCCAUCUUUUCCAAAUACAAGUCAGCUGAUUGCUACUCUUUCGGGCUUUUGCUCUGGGAAACUAUCAAGCAGGGCAAGUCUUUCGUCGAGCCCGAGUGGCUCACUGCCGAUGAGAAGGUUAUGAGCUGGCUUGAACGAACCUUUCACAGCAAGGAAGAUGGGCUUUUGGAAUUUGCUACCACCUUUUUUCGUUCAAGGGAGGAUGGUUUAAUCCAACUUGAAGAGAGGGAAUCUAAGUCGCGGAUCGGUUUAGCUAUUGAGGUACCACCAGACUCACAAUAUUUCGAAAUCUUCGAGACUACCGUCUCCCUUUGCCUUCGGGAGAGAACCUGGCGUCGUGGCAAUAUUCACCAAAUAAUUAAGGCACUCUCUGAAGGAAUCGAGUCAGUAACAUUCCCCGUUCCUCCCAGUGAAGCCAGCACUUACAGAAACAGCGAUACUGUUCCGCAGUAUGCAAGCUCAACAGAAAGGAUCUAUCCGGCGGAGACAAGGAUAGAGGGAGAAGACAAAUAUCCAGCGUCGAGAUAUAGGAGGCGGCCAACUCCGACUUACCAUAGAAGCGCACAAUGUAGUUUCGAAACCAGUGCCCGGUACAGUAGCCCAAGGCACUUCGAACUUCCACCUAGAGAUAGGCCCGCUGAUCCCGGUCGCCAAGUCGCUAGGAUCCCAGUGCCCAAAAGAUACGGGACCUUGAUAUUGACGCCAGAGAUGUAUCGAUACAAGUCAGAAGAUAUGUUCAAGUCUGUUCUUCAAACUCAACCUCCGUGGUAUAACCUAUAUGAAGCAGCCAGAGCGAUUCAAGACGCAAUUAAUACUGAGACUGACCCAAAGAGUAAAGCUCAGGCACACUUGCAAAUGGCUAUUAUGUAUCAUCUUGGCUGCGGUGUCGCCCCAAGCAGCCUAAAAGCGCUGGACCAUCUCGAGGCUGCUUCCAAGGAAAAUGAAGUAGCUCGUGCCAUUUUUAAUCCCAUCUGCGCCGCGUUACAGCCCGAAAGGCAGAGAGGGCUGCUCAAGGACAAUUGUGCCACCUACAAAAGCCCGAUCAUUUUGUUUGACAGCCAUAUCUGGAGACGUAGCAAUGAAGGAGGGCGCGGCUUUCUGACAUUAGGCCCCAUCUGUGUCGAUUCGUUUCGAAAAUUCGAGAUUCUGGUUAGGAAAGGCCGUUACGAUUCUGAUGAAUUGGCCCAGGCUUUCACAGUAGCGUGUCGAGAUGGUCAUCUAGAAGCUGCAAUGGUUCUCGCGAAGCAUUGCGUAGACCUCUCAAUGGUGGACAAGGACAUGCCGAACUUUUUACAUUGGUUAAUCAUGUUCAACGAGAAGGAAGCCUGCGAGCUUCUCAAGUUUGUUUCGACAACCUGCAACGCUGGAAAUGAUGCAAUCAAACUGGUUGGAAUCCGGCGCUUGCUUGUUGCUCGACAUGAGGGCCUUACAAUUAUGCUACCACAUCGUUGUAUCGAAUUGCAAGGCACACCCCUUCAUUGGGCCGUAACAGCUGGCUACUGCGACCUUGUCGCAGAGUUUCUUCGUCUAGGGGCUGAUGUCAACCUUAGAACUCAAUGGCGGAGGAUAUACCAUCGAGAUGGGUUAACACAGCACGUUCCCAGUCUCAGUCCUCUUGAUCUUGCCGUAUCGGGCCACCACCCAAAGAUCGUGCGACUACUUCUUAAUAAUGGCAGCGAGACCUAUGGUGACGAUUGUCAUUGGUCAUUCUCAGCGUUCCAUAUGAUUGGUUAUAACAUCUUUCCUUUUGGAAAAUAUGUUGCCCAUGCUGCGAACUACCGUACUGCACUCCAGGAAACGAUUAAAGUUCUUCUACAAAAUGGGUUAGACAUCAAUGUCCUCGACAACCAGAAUCAUACGCCAUUAUCUCUCGCUGUCACAAAUAUGGACCUGGAGUCGUACGUAAUCGAAGAGCUUGUUGCGGCUGGGGCGACAACCGUGGUCGAAUGCGAGAGAGAGCAUGGCAAUGUCGUAAGCAUGGCUGUGAGGAACUGUGCGACCCGCAAGCUGUCAUGGUCUAAGAUACCACUUCUUCUACCGCUUGUAUCGGACAUCAACGGCCUCGCACUUGAUGGUACAGGCUCCAAUGCUCUACAAUACUGUGCUUUUCUCGACGCUGCACCUGCUGCUGAGAUAUUACUAGGGGCCUCUGGCAUUGAUGUAGAAGCUCGAUGUAGCCAGGGCAUUACAGCUGUAGUCAUGGCUGUGCAACGAGGUUCACUAAACGUUCUGGGCCAACUGAUCAAACAUGGCGCAAAUAUCCAGGGAAGAGAGCUACUCGAAACAUCUAUCUCUCACGGACAGAUUGAUGCUCUUGAUAUGCUACUCGGUGCCGGAGCUGACACGCAGUGGAAGAGCAAAGAAAACAGGACUUACACCUGUUUGGAUUACGCUGUAAGAACACGGUCUCAAAGGCCUUCUUACGUGAGAGCGUGUUUGUCCAAGUGCAAGCGGCUCCAGUCUCAGAAAGUCAUCGAUCAAGAAGAUGAUAGCAGCUGGACAGCUCUGCACCACGCUGUAUACUCUGGAGAUCUAGAGGGUGUUCAAGCACUCAUAGAUUUUGGCGCAAGUGUGGACAAAAGGAACGGUGUACAUCUUACGCCGCUGGAACUAGCCAUUAGGACCUAUAAGAUGUUUACAGAUUAUUCCAAUGGCGUGCUACAGUUCAGGAGCCAUUUACGCAUUCAGGGAGACAUUAGCAGGCUCGAUGUAAAUGGUCCGAACUACCGGUAUAUGGAAAGACGUAUAUCAAAAGACUUUUCAGAUCUGCUGUUUGAAAUCAUACGAUUGCUGCAACAGGUUGAAAGAGAACGAUACCCCGGGAAGCUCGUGCAAGAUGUCAGUCGAGGUCUGUGA